AUGCUUCUUAAGUCCCUCCUCUUCGCCUCUACGGCCUCGGCGACAUGUCUUCACGGACUUUCCAUGUUCAAGCGCGCCGCUGGUACUGAAGAUGGCACCGUCGAGGUCAAUACCUUCGGUUAUGGACCUGAGAACGGACCUUUCAACUGGGCUUCCCUCGCUCCUGAAAAUGAAGCUUGCAAGGCCGGCCUAAAUCAGUCUCCCAUCAACAUCGAUACGGAAGCCUCAGCAGGAAACCUUACUAGACGGGAUAUCAUCAUUCACAAGCGGGCUUGUGUUAACGAAUCAUCCUCAGGUGAUACCAUUGACCCUGCUGUGGACCGUCCUAUCGUGGACAUUCCAGACCAGGCGGUAGAGUUUGAGAACCUAGGGACUACCAUUGAGGUUAUCGUCAACGGCACGACCUCUUUCAACGGAACGGACUUCCGCCUUGUGCAGUUCCACAUGCACACUCCUUCUGAGCACCACAUCAACGACGAGUACUUCCCUCUCGAAGUCCACAUGGUCCACCAGGGCGUCUUGGACAACACCCAGCUCGCCGUAAUCGCUUUGAUGUUCCAAGUCUCGGCCUCAGACAGCGACCCCAUCAUCGCCGGCCUUUCAUCCAGCCUCGACGCCAUCACCACCCCCGGCACCAAGACCACGAUUGAAGACGGCCUAGACUUCAGCGGCGUGUUCGAAAAGAUCGAGUCCUCCGAUAUCCUGCAAUACUCUGGCUCCUUGACUACUCCUCCCUGCGCCGAGGGCGUCACGUUCCUCAUCGUUAAGGAUCCUCUUGAUGUCUCUGUUGCCGACUACAAUGCGAUCAAGAGUAUUGUAAAGUUCAAUGCGAGGUUCAUCCAGAACACGCUUGGUGGGAAUAACAUGUUGACUGUUGGUGCGAACAGUGGCGUUGCUGCUGCUAAUGCUACCGAGUGA